GACCACUUUUACAAGCUUUAUUGUGCUCUGUUAGUGCAUAUACUUAAUAUCUUUGCUCCUUAACUGGAGUUGAUUUUGAAUUAAAGGUUGAGUUUGAGUUGAAUUUUAGAGAAGCAAUCAAGAUGGUGGUGUCCUUCCAGGUCUUCAAGAAGAGCUCCCUCAACGGCAAGGUGCACAUGUACCUCACCAAGCGGCAGAUCCGGGACUUUGUGACGCACGCUGAAGACAUCGAGGGAGCGGUGCUCAUAGACCCAAGUUUCGUGGGCGACCGCAGGGUCUACGCACAGGUUGUGCUCAGGUUCAGGUUCGGGCGUGAGGACGAUGAGACCAUGGGUCUGAACUUCACCAAGACCCUCUGUGUGGAGACCAAGCAGGUCUACCCUCCCGUAGAGGAGCAUCACGCCACCGAAAUCCAGGUAAGCAGCGUGAGUCUGCACAUCGAGCGCGUGCAGAGCCUCCCCAGCGAUGAGCUCACCAAGCCUCCCCCACACGGGUCCAUCACCAGGAACUUCCUGACGUGCUCUGGUACAGUGACGGUAGAAGUAUCGUUAGACGCGCCCGUCUACCGUCAGGACCAGGACGUAACUAUCAGCGUUAACGUCAUCAAUAAGACGUCGAAAGACGUCAAGAAACUCAAGGUCAAAGUCAUGCAGCUGAGCGAAGUGCCGAUGUUCAGCCACACGCAGCGGCGGGAGAAGACGCUCAGCAAGGCGGAGGAGGCGCUGCUGCUGCCCCCUGGUGCCUGCACCCAGAGGGCCAUCACCCUGGUGGCCCUAGUGCCCCCAAAACGGGCACAGGGCAUGGUCUUCCUGCAGGGGUCACUGACGCAGACGUCGUCAGGUGCGUCGCUGGCGCAGACGACGUUGCUGCCGAGCGACGUGUGCCGCAGUGACGUCUUUGGCAUCCUCGUCUCAUACAUCGUCCGCGUCAAGGCCUAG